AUGCUCGCAUCCGAUUUGCCAUUCGAGAUCCUUGUUCAUAUUGGAAAAUAUCUCCGGCUCAAACACAGACUUCCUUGCAUUCUUGUUUGCCAAGCAUGGAAAACGCCAUUUCAGGAGUCAAUGUGGAGCAAAAUAAGGAUAACUGAUCAGAAAGAAAUCAAUGGGAUCUGUAAUAUAUUCGAUGACAAGUAUAUCACCUAUGAAAGAUAUGGUCGACAUGUACGAAAGUUGAUUUUGGACGGAGAGUUCCGGAUAAGCAAUAGGCAGCUCUUUACCCUACAGCAACAUUUUAAGGGUCUCAAGGGUCUUUACAUGCAGAAAUAUUGUUUAAGUCAUGUCAGUUUUGGAAGCGCAGCAGACUGGACUCUUUGGAGUACGCUACGAGAGCUGAAGAUCAGAUUGGAUUUGAUCAGAGUCUUUGACAACGAAAUGGAGCUUCUCAAAAUACUAUCUUGUCUACCACGCCUAGAGAACUUAGGGAUAGAUCAAGGUGAAAAUCCCGGAUCCCUUGUAUUCACACUUGAACAUUUUGAGCUUCUUCAUCAACACUUGCCACAGCUAAGAGAUGCAAGCCUUGCCCUAGAACUUGACGCCAUAUCUAAUGAUGAUCUCAGGCGCAUCAGAUCCACAACCCCAGCAAAAAACCUAGUAACUUUUAAUCUUUCUUCCGAUGUAAAAGAUAAUCGGUGGCUGUGUUAUUUCGCUCAAAAAUACCCAAACCUAAGCGUUUUUAAUUGGAUUCUCAUCAAGAACGACAACAUUCAACAAUCUUCAAAUGACGCGGUCUCUAUAUUUUCGGGCCUUCCAUACGCUUUUCCUAAUCUAAGUGCCAUCCAAAUGUAUACUGAAGAAGAUGCAGACCUACAGCAUUUCCUGCUAUGGAAACUUUUUCGUAAAUUCAAAGUGCCGCUCAACAAUCUAAAAUAUACCUUUUCUGCCUCUCAUGAUUCACCAGAGCUUUUACCGACAAUUAUUCACGAAUGCACUCAUUCACUUUCAUCCACGCUUACAACGUUAACCAUAAUAACAGCGCAUCAACCUGCCAUGACCCGAGACAUAUCAGCAUACUUUGAUUAUUGCAUUCAUCUAAUCAACUUGAACCUUGUCGUGGCUGACGCUCAGGUCUCAAUAGAUGUUCUCCUGACACAGUGCCCGUCUUUGAUAAGGCUUAGGUUGUCUGGUGUAACUCUGUCAGUCGGUUCAGAAGGCAUGAAACAACAAGUACAGCACAAAUUACGCAUGUUGCAGAUAGCCUAUAAAACAACGACAGCCAAUACAUUCAACUAUAUAUCCCUGCAUUGCAGACAGUUAAAGUACAUGAACUUGACGGACGUGUUAGUAACUGGAUCCAUAUCUCCAGAGACUGGGAGCCUUUGCCUCAGCAUGCCACAUACUCAUUUUGAGAUCUUACACAUGCAUGGUGUACGGUUUUGUUCGUCAAAUAAUGGUGCUCAUCAUGGGGUUCCGGUCAAUUUUAUUGUCCUUUCUCAACCGACCGCAGUCUUACAGAAACCCAAACCCACAAAGUUGAUUAAGACCUUUUUUUCUGGCAAACCAACUACAAAACGCAGUAUACAAUAUACUUGGUUUCAUAUCUUUAGCAACGAUAUUAAAUUAGAGAAUGAUGCUUAUUUAAUGAGAGUUCUAGACAACAAAGAAGCCAAAUAUGCCAAGAAUUACUUCCGACAGUUUCGACGUAAUACAAGCACGAUUUCUGCAAAGGUUGAGCGGUCUUAUCAUGGACAACUAACAAUGUGCAAUUGGAAACAUGAUCUCUCACAAGGCUAUGUAAACUUGAUGUGCGCGUAUAUUGGUGAAUGUUCUGUUGGCUAUAAGAACAUGUUUAGUAAAACAUUCUGGAGCGAAUUGGCAGAAAAUAUAUAA